AUGUCCGGCGCUAACUUUCACGACGCGAUGACUGUUUGCGAGCACUUCUACGGCGCGACUCUCGUUACCAUUCAUUCGGCCGAAGAGUUUGACUUUGUUUACGGACUGGUCUUCACAGAAAUGCGCGCAAAGUAUUCGGUUUGGAUCGGUUUGAUCCGUGUCUCCAAUGAAUCCUUUGUAUGGUUUGAUAGAAGUCCUCUUAAUUACACAAAUUGGGGACCAAAUGAGCCAAACAAUUGGUUCUCGAAGAACUACUGCACAGUAAUGAGUUCUGCGGCGCCGGCAAUGGGCAAGUGGUUUGACGUCGGCUGUACCACAACUUACCUCGUGUUGUGUCAGAAGUAUUUGGGCAGUAAUAUAGUUACCAUAAACAUACCCAUAGACUCGUCGGUCCCGAAUCUGACCGCCUCUGGCAUAUCAAUCGCCGAUCAAAUCAAUAUG